CAGCCAGUCAGUCACGCCUGAACCUGGUCUUCUAAUUAAAACGAAUUCAUAUGUACGUAUGCGAGCUUUUAUUUGAAACUUCCUUGAAGCUAUGUAUGUGGCUGGCUGCUAAUAGAUCCAAGUAGCCCUAGUGGCUAUUAGUAUUGGUAUUAAACUAUUAGUCAUGAUUGCAUGAGAGAUCUAUAUAUAUAUAUAUAUAUAGGUAGCUUAUAUAUAUUCAUUCAUUUUUUUUUUUUUUUUUUUUUUAAAUAAGAGCAUCCUCUUCUCAUUAUCUUGUUUCUUCCAAAUUCUACCGAGCUUUCCUUCUUAUCCAUAUUCUAAAUAUUCUAACAUAUUUCUCAAGACCAUGGAUGCCCAUAGCUCUAACAAAGAAAAGGCGGAAGCACUGCAAGAAGACUUGGAGUGCAUGAGAAAAGAGAACGAGAGUUUGAGAUUCAUGCUUGAAGUAAUGACCAGAAAAUGCAACACAAUUGAAUCCCAUCUCCGGCAAAGAAACCUGGAAUAUAUGGGUAUCGAUUUAAAUCAUCAAUUUGAAGCAAACAAGAGAGCGAGAACGAGUAUCAAUGAGUUUUCUUUAGCCACUAAUAAAUCUCAGACGUCGCAGUUCUUAGUAAGAACAAACUCUAAAGACAGCACUCUGGUUGUGAAAGAUGGCUAUCAAUGGAGAAAAUAUGGACAGAAGGUUACCAAGGACAAUCCUUCCCCUCGAGCUUAUUUUAGGUGUUCCAUGGCUCCUGGAUGUCCAGUCAAAAAGAAGGUACAAAGAAGCAAGGACGAUAAGUCUGUUCUUAUUGCAACUUACGAAGGACAGCACAACCAUGACUCUCAUGAUUCACAUGCCCAUUUUUCACCUUCAAUAAAUACAAGCGCUAAAGGAGCAGAGCACAUUAAUUUUGUUCCAGCUGAAUCCACACCUACUUUUACUCCUUCUCCACAACCUAUUACCCUGGAUCUUACUCUUUCUGGGUCCAAUAAUCAAGAAAACAGUUCAGGAGGACUUGAUGGAAAUUCUGUGAGCGACCGCGGUUUCAAUGGCAAAUACAACAAAAUUGAAGAUUUUGUUGCUAGUUUAACUAAAGAUAAAAAUUUCACUGUAUCUUUAGCAGCGGCUGUGGCACGUUGCGUUACAAACCAGCCUAAACCUUAAUGUUGGAUGAAUAAAUAGCGAUUUUUAUUUCAAUUAUGUGUAUCUCUGUUUAUCUCACAGAUGAAUAGUGAUAUUGAUGUGAGAAAAAGUAUAUAACAUAUAUACAUAUUUUAAUUAAGGUAAUGAGAAUCUUAACUAUUUUACA